AUGGCGGGCGGGCGAGAGGCCGGAGCCGAGCGCGGCGAGGUCGGGCGCCGGGCCGCCCAGUUCAAAGAGUUGAGGUACCUGAACCUCUCUGAUUGUUACUUUGCUGGAGCUAUUCCUGCUAGUUUUGGAAAUCUCUCCAGUUUGCACACUCUUGACCUCUCACGUAAUUAUUAUAUUCAUGUUGAUGAUUCUGCUCUUCAAUGGCUUUCUCAUCUUACUUCAUUGCAACACUUGGAUAUGAGUCGUGUCAACUUGAGCAGCAUGUCACGUAACCUGUUCCUAGCUCUCAACAAGCUUCCUUCCAUAAAUGAGCUGCACCUGUCCUUCUGUGAGUUAGAAAAGCUUCCUCUUUCCAUUCUUCAUCUCAACUUCUCAUCUCUCUCCAUUCUUGAUCUCUCUUACAACUAUAUCAAUUUCUCAGAGAUUUCCUGGGUGUUUAAAGUCAAGAGCCUACAAUCCCUAGACCUCAGUCACAAUGAUCUUUAUUUCCCCACCAAUCCUAUCAUAUCACUCAAAGCGUUAAGUGCAUAUCAUCCUAUGGCACAACCCAAUGACAUAAGCAUACCUGAAAGUAUAGGCAGUCUUUGCAGCUUGCAAAUUCUAGACCUGUCUGGGUUGAAUAUCAGAAAAAGACUUGUUGAACUCGAAGGCUCUCUUCCCUCAUCCUUAACAUCACUUUCAUUUUUGGAGGAAUUAUUGCUUGAUUAUAAUCAACUGACAGGAACAUUACCAAAGGAGAUUGGAAAUCUUACAGAGUUGUCAUAUUUGGGUCUUUCUGGUAAUCAGCUGAGUGGUCCUAUCCCUCGGAUUGUCCUAAAUAACACCUUUUCUUCUUAUUCGGACAUCUCAAUAUCAAUGAACAAAUUGAAUGGCAGUGUUCCUGAUUGCCACAACAACUUCAAUGGAAAAAUACCAGCAUGGAUAGGAGAACAUCUGUCAUAUUUAAUGGUUCUUAUGUUAAAGUGGAAUGCCUUUGUGAAUCACAUCCCACAGGAAAUUUCUCAACUCGAAUACCUGCAAAUUCUUGAUUUGUCAAGCAAUAAUCUCUCUGGUCCUAUUCCAAACAGCUUGGGUAAUUUGACCACUAUGCAAAUGCUUCCAGGGACUACUGAUAAGGUUCCCAUUUUGCUUGCAUCCAGGAACAUUCCUGAAGAGUUAGCAAGUUUGUAUGGUCUUCAAAGUUUAAAUUUCUCUGGAAAUACUUUAGAAGGUGAGAUUCCCCAGAAAUUGGGUAGAAUGCAGCAGCUAGAAUCACUAGACUUAUCAAGAAACAAGCUAUCCGGAAGUAUACCUGAAACGUUAUCAAACUUGACAUUCCUAAAUCACUUCAAUGUAUCAUACAACAACUUGACAGGAAGGAUACCAUUUGCUCAUCAGUUCAGCACAUUCAAUGACUCUUUCAUUUACAUUGGAAAUCAUCUUUGUGGAGCGCCUCUUGGUAACAAUUGCACUAAAGAUGGUGGAAUAAUUAAGAAAGAGUCACUUGAUCGAAAGGAUGAAGAUGAUGAUGGGAUGUUAUGGGUGUACAUUGGAUCCUUAUCAGGAUUUGCAGUUGGAUUUUGGACAGUUUGGGGUGUCUUAGCAUUCAAGAAGAAUUGGAGGCAGGCAUGCCUAUUUCCGUUGCAUGGACAAUAUGUUUGA